AUGAACGGCUUGGGGCCUCAUUGGCUUGGAAUACGACUCAUUGACACUAGGCUCUCUUUCCCUGUCAUAGGUCUUCACUACUCGCCUGUCUCUGCUCAUUUUAAUCUCAACUGCUCUUCAGUUUACAUGGGCCCCUUCAGGCAUGGUCGCCCAGCGAGGCAACAGGCUGCUUUUGACUUGUCCAUAACCCCGGCAUUCCCCUUUUCAUCCUCGACCACAUCUUCCCUCCAUUCCUCUCCGUCCCAUUCUUUCUCUUUGCCAACCUCUCCUUUCGCUCCUGCUUCGCCACUCGUGUGGCUCUCUAGUGAAACUGGGCUUACAUCAACAUUUAGGCGGUUUAAGGCGAAUCGUCUUCCCAAGGCUUACGGUUCCACAAGAUUGCUGAGGGCCUAUUUCAAGGCUUCCAUUGCCGUUCCACGAGCAGGUAUGAGCCAGGACAUCGACUUCCGAAAGGAGGAACCAAAGGAACGCAGCCUGUUCGGCGAGGGGACCAGAGCAGCCAAAAUUCAAGAAAGACCUAGGUUGCUCGCAGAGUAUCGAAAAGCAGAUAGAAACUAUAGACAUGGAAAAUAUGCGCAGAAAAUACUUUAUACAUCAAUUAAUACCCAAGACGUGCCACUUAUCCCCGAGAACUAA